AUGACAGACUCAGGAGGACCCCAGAGGCACACCCUUUGUUUUCUAUCGACAUUGCUUUCCCAGAAAGUUCCUGAGAAGUCAGACACUUCGCUUCACUGCAUAAUAUCUAGUCAGCCCAAGCCAAAGGUAACUUGGUAUAAGAAUGGUCACGCCAUCAAUGAGUGUGGCAUUGUUUCCAGUUACGAAUUCUUCCAGAAUCAGUAUAUUCAUGUGCUACAUCUCUCAUGCUGUACCCCAGAUGACGCUGCUGUUUACCAAAUCUCCGCUAAAAACUGUUCCAGAAUGAUUUGCUGCUCUGCGUCUGUUGAAGUCCUGUGCUCAGCAGAGAACCCAGAGCUCUCUCCCAGCCCGAAAGAUGGCGGGGGCACGGGCUGGAAACAUGCAACAGAGGCAUGUGCGCAGGAGAAAACAAAUCAGCUCGAUGAGAAAGAACAUCCUUGCAAGGGGGAAGAAAGUAUCUCCGCAGGUACUCCCAUGUCAGCUGAUGCCCUCUCCUCCAAACUCAGCUGUCUAUGCUCACUCCAGUUUUUGGUCAAUAGGGGCACUAGGGCCUCCAGUCCUGAAAAUCCCUUGGAUGUUAAAGGAACGAGGUCAACGGAAGAGGCUCAUGAUCCGGAUGAUGCAGAGGAGGUUGCAGAUGGGUUGCUUUUCUCUAAUUCAAGUUAUAGUCCCACUAAACAAAACAUCCCUUGCCACAGGACCGUGCAUUCCAAAGUAUCGAGGCUAACGGAUGGUGCCUUAAACAGUGAUGGCCCUCAUGAGGAAGUCUCAGACUCUGGGCAAGCGGAGCCCAAAGUGCAGAAAUACAUCAGCUUCAGCCGGCCCCUGUCGGAGGCGACCGCAUCUGUCUGCCCAGGGGACAGGGCCACGAUCAAGCAGCAAGUCAGCCCACAGGUGUCCAGCGAAGACUCUGACAGUGACUAUGAUCUUUGCCCAGAGAUAACCCUAACCUGCACCGAGGAGUUUUCAGAUGAUGACCUAGAGUAUCUGGAAUGUUCCGACGUUAUGACAGAUUACUCUAAUGCAGUUUGGCAAAGGAACCUGCAGGGGACUGAGCAUGUUUUUUUAUUAGAAAGCAAUGACGAAGAGAUGGAAUUCAGUGCGUGUUGCCUGGGUGGGUGUGAGCAUCUCCUCAGUGAAAUGGGUUGUGGGCCUUGGGUGUCGGAUGACACCAGGCCUAUGGAUGCCACCACUGGCUUCUGUGGUUAUCACUCACAACCCCAAGAAGUGGGGGUGAGGAGCAGCCAAGCCUCCACCCACAGUCCCUCAUCCCUGCAAACGGGGAUGAUUCUGACUUUGGGACCUCACCGGGACACAACGUCUACGGUGACAGACCAGGGGAGAUAUAAACCACCCACUGCUUCUGAGGCCGCUGAAAAUGAUUAUCCAGGAAUUCGAAGAGAAACCAGAGACAGCCACCAGGGAGGAGAGGAAUUCACCAGUGACAAUCUGCUAAACAUGGAUAAAGCAGUGAUAGAGACGGCGAUGAAGCGCUUGUCUGGUGAGUUAGAAAAGUCAGGGGCGAACCAGUGGUUGGAGAUCGCAGCCGAGGAAAAAGUAAGGGAUGACGGUUCAUUGACCAAGAGGGGCUCAGAGAAACCUGCCAGGGUGAGGCGGCCCGGCAUGAGAGGAAAACCCAAAAAGCUGAGCCCCAACCGGAAAGAAAGUGCAACAGAAGGCACCCUUAAUCUCCUCUAUCCCAAAGAACCUGUUAAGCACCCACUAACCCAGAGUGAUAAAAGAGACGGUUCUCAUGCCGGAGCGCAAGCUGCCGAGUGGAAUUCCCAGUUCCCUGAAGGAGAAUGUGCUGCUGCAGCCAAAACCAAGCAAGAAGCAAAACCCCUGCAAACUGCCCCGGGCUCACUCUCCCGAGGAGGGAACUCAGGCUUCUCGGGAGAAGGGGUGCCGGUCCAGAACCUAUUUGAAAUGAGCAGAGCUCCAGACUGCAGGGCUCAUCCUCAGGUGCAAAUUCAGGAAACAGUCAGGGAGGGAGACUUUCUCAGCCAGUUGCCAGCGUUCUCAGAUCCUGCUGGGGAGCAGUCUGCAUUUGCUGGGACCACAACAAAUUCCUUCCCCAGCGUAGGAGGGAUCGACGAGGAGGACACAUCAUUGGCCCAACACCUGGAGCUAGGAAGCUGUACUCCAUGCCCACAGCAUGGAGAAAAGCAGUACAGAAAAGACCACUCACUUGGAGGUUCCUGGGUAGACCUAGGAUAUGAGCUGAGCAUCCCAGAUGCCAAUAAUGAAAAUACAUCCCCCUGGGAGCUGUCAGUGCUUCUCCCCCAGGAGGGCAGUGCUGACCCCUGGGAGCCCAAGGCUCUCUCUGUUGCUUCCCCCGACCCCACAAAUACCAGCUCCACCCUGGAAACCUUAUACGAUGGGCCAAGGGGCAGGGAAGCAGCGAGCGUGUUGGAGCGUCUUGAAGCACGUGACCAAGGAACCUGUGAAAAGACGGAUUCUCCUGUUGGAGCCUCAGCUGAUAAAUAUUUGCCUCAGGAAAUUUGCUCCAUGGACUUAGAGCUGGCGGAGAGUCAAAGCAAAGUAUCUGAUUCCUGUUCUCAUGAUAACGAGAUGCCAGGCAUUCUUUCUCAAACACGAGGCUCUGAGCUUCCACAGUCUCCAUGCAAGAGCAGCAAGGAAAGAAACUCUGCCAUGCCCCCUCUUUUCACCAGUACUUUUACCUGGAACAUUUCACAAAAAGCCAGGGAAGGUGGCACAGGGGAAAAUUUAGCAGAGAUGGAGAAUGUCACCUCCACAGUGGUCUCCUUAGUACACACUGGCCGGGAGAGGCCAAGCCCCAGCAACUCGGGAGGGUUUGAGGAAAGACAGCCUCUGUGUUCUGAGAACACGUCUUCAGUGCAGUUUCCAGAAGGCAGUGACGAGUGUCCCAGUACUGGUGCCCCAGACACUGCAGACAAGCCAGCCAGAAAUGGUUCGGUUGUAAUGUUUCCUCAGGAGAAGCCAAUGACUUUAACUGCUAAUCUUGAGUGUCUUCAGGUGACCAGGGAGAGUGGGGACACAUCGACGGUUACCUUGGCCACCAAAGUCCACCCAGCCAAAUACCUCCCUGUUUCAGUUGCUGAGAACAGUCAUGCAGAUGGUGCCAAGGAGAGUUCACCUCAGGCACCGGAUGAAAAUAUUUGCCAGCUUCCUUCCAGUGCACAGUUGGGUCAUAUUUUAAAUGAUUCCACAACCACAUCUUUAGAAGAGCCCUUUUGCAAGGCUCCCAGUGGACCAGGGGUCCACGUCCAUGUACCUCAGCUCCCAGAAGUAGAAGGUUUCUGCUGCAGUUCCCCUCUUCAGACUGAUAACCAUUCUGGAAAUAAGAGGCUGACAGUGGAAAGAGCAGACAGUAGGAGCCGUGAAGAGAAUUUCCAAGACAAGGAAAGUGAAACAACACAGAGGAUCCAGCAGGAGAGCUUACCCCAACAGAGUUCUCCUCCUGAAGAUGAUUUCCGAGAAAGUUGGCCCACGACACCUGUUGCCCAAGGGGGAAUAGACCCAGUGUCCUUGGACCGCUUAUCAGCAAACUCCAGGGAGGAGAGAGGACAGAGCUCAGGCCUGGGGACUAGCGUGUGCAAGGUGGCUGAAGCCCCUGUGGAAGAUAGGGGUCAGGCUCCAAGCCACAUCCCACCUCUCUCUAAUAUCCCCCUGGAAGAGUCGGGAGGAAGCGGGCCAGGACUCUGGAAAGCAGACAGCAAGCUGAAGGUUAUACCUCUGGAAGCUUCCAUUCCAGAAGUCUGGCCACCAACACAACCGACAGGUUCCGAGUACAAGGAGUUGGAAGCUGGUCCCAUAAUUCCUGACAGGGUCUGGGCUGUAUCGGAUGUUCUCAAGGCUCACAGCCCUCAGGCUGAGUCUGGCUCAGUCCUUGCUAAUAACAGAGAAACCCAUGAAAAUGGAAAACCAGCCAGCCGUGCAUAUUGGAGUAGUCUUUCUUCCGAGUAUUUGAGCCAACCCAGACUCCUAGAGUCAUCUGUGGAUCCUUUAGACAAAAAGGAAUUAUAUGUCACAGAUUUGCUAUCAGAGACUUGCAAAACCGGAAAGAGGGAAAAUAUUAACAGUGUGAGUCAAAACCGAGAGAAAAACCGAAUCCAGGCGGAUCACACUGCCUUCUUUAAACGGUUUCUGACCAGCCCUAAAAUUGUAGAGUCCUCUGUGGAUCCCACGGAUGAAGCAGAUGUGAUGGUGUGCGCCUGGGCUGAGACACCAGGGCCUUCGGCAUCCACGCCAGCUGUCAUCAGAGAGGAGAGGAAAUGGAAUGAUGGGCCCAUGGGCCAGAGACCAGAAGUCCAGCCUGCCUUCUUGCAAGUCCCGAGUCCUGACGAAGGUGAGGGAACACUUCCACGCGGACGUGGAAUCAGCCAAGUACAAGAGGGCAUCAUGAGAAGCUCAGGGGAGGCUGAACGAAGUAAAAACAACAAAGCAGAAUCUGUUUUCCCCACUUUACCUCUUUCUGAUGGCCCUGCAGUGGUGACUCAUGCAUCUGUUGGAGUUGAUAUUCACAACUCCUCGGGUCAAAUUCAUGACGUCCCUGAGAAGGGUUUAGUGGAGCCCAGAAACCACCGAUACGCAUUUUCUGACUCAAAGGAGAGAGGAGCCGUUGAGAGUGAGUGUGGGAAACAUUCACCCUCUCCCAGUGGGCUCACUCGGUUGCCUUUUAUUUCAUGUCCCGAAGGAAGCAUCACAAACUUUUCAAAAAGCCACAAAAACCAGGCACCUACAAUGGAGGAGCCCCACACUGGGGAAACCAAACCCGCCGGUGGAUUGGGCUCCCUAGCCGUGACCUUGGCAUCCAUUGCAGGUGAAUGUGUAUCAGAGAAGGCUCCUGAGACACUGAAGUCCCCAUGUCAACAGGGCUCCAAUCUGGGCUAUGGGGGAAAACCAAGGGAGGAGAAGCUCAGGCACACAGCCGCCCUGACCCUCAGCUUCCCAAAGUCCCCUCCAGCAGCCAGUGGCUCCGGGGAGGUCAAGAAGCAAGAAACCUCAGGGAGUGGACAUUUAGCUGAGGGGGUGAAGAAGAAAAUUCUGUCCAGGGUGGCCACCCUGAGGCUGCGAUUGGAAGAGAAGGAGAAUGUCAGAAAGAGUUCAACCUUUCUCAAGAGGAUUCCUGAACUUGAAACAUCGGCAUCAGGUGCAGAGGAGAAACAAGACGCAAAAAAGCCGCCUUGCAAAAGAGAAGGGAAAGCUCCGAUAUUACUGAAAAAGAUCCAAGCCGAGAUGUACCCUGACCACUCCGGGAAUAUAAGAUUAAGCUGCCAGUUUGCAGAAAUUCAUGAAGAUUCUACAAUCUGGUGGACAAAAGAUUCAAAGUCAAUAGCCCAAGUGCAGAGAAGUGCAGGCAACAGCUCUACUGUGUCCUUGGCCAUCAUGCAAGCUGGUCAGAAGGACCAAGGCAUCUACUAUUGCUGCAUCAAGAACAGUUAUGGAAAAGUGACCACUGAGUUUAACCUCACGGCUGAAGUUCUGAAACAACUCGCGAGUCACCAGGAUAUGAAAGGAUGUGAAGAGAUUGAAUUCAGCCAGCUCAUCUUCAGGGAAGACUUCCUCAGUGACAGCUACUUUGGGGACCACCUGCGCGGUCAGAUUGCCACGGAGGAGUUGCACUUCGGCGAAGGCGUCCACCGGAAGGCCUUCCGCAGCAAAGUGAUGCGGGGGCUCAUGCCCGUCUUCCAGCCCGGCCACGCCUGCGUGCUCAAGGUGCACAGCGCCGUUGCCCACGGGACCAGAAACAACGAUGAGCUCAUCCAGAGGAACUACAAACUCGCUGCCCAGGAAUGCUAUGUCCAGAAUACUGCCCGACAGUAUGCCCAGAUCUAUGCUGCCGAAGCACAGCCUCUGGAAGGCUUUGGAGAAGUGCCAGAGAUAAUUCCCAUCUUUCUUAUCCAUCGCCCUGCGAACAACAUCCCUUAUGCAACAGUGGAGGAGGAGCUGAUUGGAGAAUUUGUGAAGUAUUCCAUCAGGGAUGGGAAGGAGAUAAACUUCUUGAGAAGAGAAUCGGAGGCUGGUCAGAAGUGUUGUACCUUCCAGCACUGGGUAUACCAGAAGACAAGUGGCUGCCUCCUGGUCACGGACAUGCAGGGUGUAGGAAUGAAGUUAACUGACGUUGGCAUAGCAACGCUGGCUAAAGGGUACAAAGGAUUUAAAGGCAACUGCUCCAUGACCUUCAUCGACCAGUUCGAAGCGCUACACCAGUGUAACAAGUAUUGUAAAAUGCUGGGGCUGAGAUCACUCCAAAACAUCAGCCAGAGACAGAAGGAGCCACGUGUCAGUAAAAACAAAACUCAGCCCAACUCCACAACCGUCAAGAUGGCGCCCGGGCCCCCCGCGGCAGGAAGGAAGACCUCGCGUCCCCUGUGA